GUGACACCGCAGCGUGCGGCAGCAAAACAAGCCCGACCAGAGCCUGAAGGGGGUCUGAUCUGCUAAGAGGCUUACAGCAGAAACCACAGUCCGGAUCCAGCAGCGACCCGGUCCGUCCCGGUCUGACCCGGUCUCAGCAGCAUGCAGGCUGAGUUCCGGGCCCCGCGGAGACGGGUCCGCGUGAAGGAGGACUACGAGGCUCCGCUGCCGGUGAGCCGGAUCCCGGAGCAGAGCAGCCAGUUCCGGGCGGAACUUAUCAACCAACACGUGCUGGUCUGCCAUCCGGACCACAUCCAGAAAAUCCACAACCAGGGCUACUUUGGCAAAGGGGUCCUGUCCAGAUCCAGACCGGACUACAGCAUCUCUGACCAAUGGGAGGAACAUGAAGGUGUGUUUCUACCUGUCGUCUCACAGUCCAGGUACGAUGAGCUCCUCAGGUGGGCGGGCGCUUCUCUCUCUGCUCAGGGAUUGGAUGAAGAAGUUGUCAGUCAAACUCUCCUCAGCAUCUCUCAGCCAGUAACAAUGGAGGACGUGAGGAGGGAGGGAGGAGGGGGGAAGGACAGACAGGGGGAGGAGCCAGGACCAGUGGGCGGAGCCUGUCGAUGGGGGUCAGAGGUCGAGCCCGAAGACGAGAGGAAAUGCAGACAGGACCCUCAGGACCAGAGCACUGAGCAGGACCCUGGACCCAGCUCAGACCAGGACCAGGACUCUGACUCUGACUCUGAUCCAGAUCCAGAUCCAUUGGUUCCUGGUCCUGGUUUUGUCCUGGUGGUCUCUGACAGUGAGAUGUGUGUCCUGCGGAGCCCCCUGACGGUCUCAGAGUUCCUGCAGCUCAGUCUGGAGGAGGCUUUCUUCCUGGUCUACAGUCUGGGCUGCCUGUCUGUCUACCUGCACCAGGAGCCUCUGUCAAUCAUCCAGCUGUGGAGGAAGUUCCGGUCCCUGCAGCCCGACUUCGUCAGCUCGUUCUCAGCCUAUCAGCACUACCGUAGCAGGGGGUGGGUCCCCAAGGGAGGGGGCGGGGCCAAGUAUGGAGCCGACCUCAUGUUGUACAGAAAGGGACCACCUUUCUACCACGCCAGUUAUUCGGUGGUGGUGGAGCGCGUGGACGCGGCGUUCGGCAGUGGUGCGCAACGAGGGUUCUCAUGGCGCUCUCUGGCGGCGCUCAGCAGGAUCACCGCCAAUGUCUCCAAGGAGCUGAUGCUGUGUUACAUCAUUUACCCGGCCGACCUGUCAGAUGGCGAGCUGGACUCACCUGUCUGUCUGCGCAGGCUGCAGGUUCAGGAAGUCAUUGUCAGCAGGUGGGUCUCCUCCAGAGAGCGAGCCGAGCAUGAAGACCUGAUUGGCUGACAGGAGAUGAUGUCACACAGAGACUGAUGGUGUCAUCAAAUCGUGUGUGUGUGUGUGUGUGUGUGUGUGUGUGUGUGUGUGUGUGUGUGUGUGUG